GCGUAGCCCGGAAUGUGAACUGCACUGUUCUGAAAGAUCUUCAGGUGGAGCCGGGUUUUGGCAAAGAUUCUUGCCCGUAAGCGCGACUAAGGGACGCUGACAUAUAUUUAAAGAGAGAACAGGUAUCUGUAGAAGAGAUUCGGAUACAAGGAAACGUGAGGAUGAGAAAUAGUGAGGAAGGCCUGACAAGGCAGGUUCUGUCUCUGAUCCUUUUUCUCUGUGUGCCGGAGGUGAGAACUGAAACGCUUCGCUAUGCUGUGACUGAAGAAACCGGAAGCGGGUCGUUCGUGGCGAAUAUUGCAAAGGAUUUGGGGCUGGAAGCCGAAAAACUGUCCGCUCGGCAGGCCCGGAUUAUUUUUGAAGGGGAAAAACAGUAUUUUCAGCUAGACCGCAGCACUGGGGAUUUGUUUAUACAAGAAAAAAUAGAUCGAGAGGAGCUCUGCGGGCAGAUCGACCCCUGCCUGGUGGAUUUUGAGAUAUCGCUGCAGAGUCCGCUACAGUCCUACGGAGCUGAAGUAGGCGUUUAUGAUAUCAAUGAUCAUUCCCCAGUGUUCUUAAAUAAUGGAUUUAUUCUAAAGAUCUCGGAAAGUACUAUGCCUGGAAAUCGGUUUUUACUGGAGAGUGCCCAGGAUUUAGAUGUGAGCAACAACAGUCUCCAGCAUUACAGCAUUAGCUCUAAUGACUAUAUUCAGAUUUAUACUCGGGAUCGCAGUGACGGCAGAAAGUACGCAGAGCUGGUGCUGGAUAAACCCCUGGACCGGGAGAAGUCGGAGAUUAGUUUCACACUCACAGCUAUCGAUGGUGGUUCCCCACCGCGGUCGGGUACAGCCCGAAUUGGAGUUAUGGUUCUGGAUAUAAACGACAAUAAUCCGGUAUUUUCUCGGCUUCUUUAUAAAGUCCAGAUUUUGGAAAAUAGACCUGAAGAUUAUUUGUUAGCUACAGUCUCUGCUACCGAUUUAGACGAAGGAAUUAAUGGGGAAAUAUCCUAUUCUAUUAUUCAAAAUUCAGAGGAAAAUCGCCAAACUUUUAAAAUAAAUCCCCUCACCGGGGAAAUUCGACUCAAGCAGCCACUAGAUUUUGAAGACAGAGAAAACUAUGAGAUAGACAUACAGGGCAUAGAUGGCAGGGGUCUGUCUGCACACUGCAAAGUCCUGGUGGAAUUGCUGGAUAUGAAUGACAAUGCUCCGGAGGUGACCAUAACAUCCCUCACCAGCCCUAUCCCCGAGAACUCCCAGCCGGCGAGAGUGAUGGCUCUGUUCAGUGUCAGGGACCGGGACUCCGGCGAUAAUGGGAAAACGGUCUGCUCCAUAGAAGACUAGCUGCCUUUUACUGUCAGAAAAGUAUCAAAAACUUCCUUCUCUCUGGUGACUGAAAGCUCACUGGAUCGUGAGAGACUGUCGGAGUACAACAUAACAAUCACUGCUCAAGAUUUGGGAUCUCCCAGUCUCGCUACUGCUGUGACAAUCACAGUGGAAAUAUCAGAUAUUAAUGACAAUUCUCCCAUGUUUAAUGAAGCGUCAUAUACUAUGUAUACAAGAGAAAACAACGGGCCAGGGAUAAAGAUUGGUAAAGUCAGUGCUAUCGAUUCUGACUCAGAGCAGAAUGCCAAAGUGACAUAUUCUCUAUUGCCUGCUGAGGUAGGUGGCCUUCCGCUUCUCUCUUAUAUCUCCAUAAACUCGGAAAAUGGGAAUGUGUACGCUCUGAGAUCCAUGGAUUAUGAACAGAUAAGAGAGUUCCAGGUCACAGUGAGAGCUGCAGAUGGCGGGUCCCCUCCACUGAGUUCUGAAGUCAUUAUUCGAAUUGUGAUAAUUGAUGAAAAUGACAACGCGCCCUUCAUUUUAUACCCUCUGCAGAACAGCAGCUCCCCCGCUAAUGACCUGGUUCCCAGAUCGGCGGAGGCGGGUUACCUGGUGACGAAGGUGGUGGCUGUGGAUGGGGAUUUCGGUCAGAAUUCUUGGCUUUCCUACCAGCUGCUCAAGGCCACAGACCCAAGUCUCUUCACUGGUUCCCAAAAUGGUAAAAUAAGGACCACUAGGCCAUUAAAUGAACGAGACAGCUUCAAGCAGAAACUUCUUAUCCUGACUAAAGAUAACGGAGAACCAUCCCUAUCAACCACAGCGACGCUAAAUUUUCUUGUGGUGGAUGGAUUUUCAGACACAUAUAUGCAGAUUUUUGAGAUACCCAACGAAGAAGAGAAGGACAGCACAAUGACUACGUAUUUAGUGAUAGCGUUGGCUAUGCUUUCAUCAUUUUUUAUAUUUUCGAAAAUAUUAUUUGUAAUUAUUAAGGGAUGUAAAAGGCGAAAUUUUAGUGAAAAAUAUAACUCGGCUUGUGACAAUUUUUAUGGCGCUAACGGCUCCCCCAGUAAUUUAGUAGAUGCCAGUGGAACCGGAAUCCUAUCCCAGCCUUGUCAUUAUGAAGUCUGUUUGACCAACGGAUCGAGUAACAGCGAGUUUAAGUUUCUCAGACCAAUAAACCCUAGUUUUCUUUCUCAGAAUUCUGAAAUAGACAAGGUCAGAGACAAUGAUUUUCUUAAUAGUUCCCAUGUGGGUAGUCAGAUAGAAUCAAUGAGUCAGGACAGCAUAUCUGCUUGUGUUGAUUAAUAUUUAAUUUUCCAAACUUGCUUUGAUGCUUGUUAGUAAGAGUUUAACAGAAUUUUAAACAAUUUGAGUGUACAUAGUAAUAAUGUAGCCAUAUGUAUCCCUACUAUUCAAUCUUCAGGCCCUUGCCUUGUGCUUUAAUUAUGAAUAUUCCUCUUCUCAUAGAAAUCCAUUGAUGAUAAUGAUGGAUAGCGAUGUCCUUGUGUGUACAGAUAUUGUUUUAGAUUACUGAUUUUUGGUUAAAUUUUCGAGAGCGACAGAAAUGCCUAAGUAUCAAAGGGGUAGCCGUGUUAGUCUGGAUCUGUAAAAGCUGCAAAGAGUCCUGUGG